AUUGAUUACAAAAUACUUAAUUGUCAUCUCAUUUGUGGUCUAAUAAGCACUCAAUAGACAACACAAAUGGUUCACCAAAUGAACACUUUAUUCAGAUUAUUAUUUUUUGUCAUAAUUGGUGUGUCUUUGAGAUUCAGUUUACUCAAGAGUUCCUAUCAGAAGGAGAUCUCAAAUCGGGUGGAGAUCUCAUCGCCGGUCACCGCAUGGAAGAGAGCCAUCGAAGGCGUGACUCUGGAGUCGAUGUCCAUCUCUCCAUACAGUGGACACACUUUCCACGAAUCACCCAUUUUUCUGCACUUCUAUAAGUGGUUGACCACAAGUGGACACCAAUUGGUUGAACACCUCUUUGUGGCCACAGAUAUAUUCACCGCUUUAUUGCUGUCUUUGGUUUGCUAUAAACAACUCAACUAUUUGUCACUUCUGGAAGAGCAGAGAAUCAGCAAAAAUGUCAAAAAGGAUGACAUCCAGAGGCUGUCCAUCGAUAGAAGUCACAUAACGGAACAGUCACUACGAGUGGCCGUCAUAUACCUGUUGUCUCCCUAUUCGGUGCUCUCAUGUGUGGGUCAGUCGACGAGUGUCUUCACAAACUUCUUGAUGGCUUUGACUCUUCUGACGACAACCCUUGAGAUGAGAGUCGUGUCGACGGCUCUGUUGGCACUGCUGUCCGUUCAGUCCUUUUAUCCCUUAAUGAUGAUCGUCGCCAUCGCUAUGAUUAUUGAACAGAACAGAUGUCUUCGAGACAAACCGACCAAACCUUCGGAACCACAACUCGUGCACUACUGGUCCCCUUCCGUCAGAUUCUCUCUGUUGUCGACCAUCUCUAUGUUUGCGCUCUUUUUCGCCGCAUUUCUAUUCAUUUCAUAUAAAUUGAUGCAAAAUAACUGUCAAUUCAUUGAAUCGACAUUUGGUUUUCUAUGGACUGUUCCAGACUUGACGCCAACAAUCGGCAUAUUCUGGUACUUCUUCACAGAAAUGUUUGAUCACUUCCGAGAGUUCUUCCUCUGGACCUUUCAAAUCAAUGCAUUUAUUUAUGUCAUUCCUUUAGCACUAACUCUCAGAAAAAAUCCUUACUUUUUAAGCUUUAUUUUACUGAUAUUACUCUCACUGUUCAAACCAUACCCAACAGUGUCCGACUUUGCAAUAUAUACGGCACUAUUACCUCAAUGGAGUCAUCUGUUCACUCACAUGAAACAAGGACUCAUAAUCACCUGUAUGUUCGUCUCGUGCAGUGUUUUGGCCCCAAUUUUAUGGCACUUAUGGAUAGUGAUGGGGACGGCCAACUCAAACUUUUAUUUCGGAGUCACAUUAGCCUAUAAUACGGCUCAAAUUUUCCUAAUAACUGAUCUCUUGUUCGCUUUCGUCAAAAGAGAAUUUUAUAUCAAUAAUGGCGUUAAGACUGAAGCGGACGGAAAACUUUCGCGACUAGAGCUCGCAUUUUAG